AUGUCCAACAAUUGCAAGGUGAAGGGCAUUCUAAGAGGGAUUAGAUUCAUUUCUCAGAUAUUUGAGAGUGAUAAAGAACAAGAAAUUGAGAUUGGUCAUCCCACAGAUGUGAAGCAUGUGGCCCACAUCGGGUGGCAGGGUCCUUCGGCUGAAAAUAAUCCUAGCUGGAUGAACGAGUUUAAAUCUGUUCAUGGACUUUCAGCAUCAGCACCUCUAAGUCUUCAUGGAGACAUUCAUAGCCAAGGAGAUGAAUAUUCCGACGAUUCAAUAAAAAGAGGUUCAAGGAGGCAAUCAAUGGGAAACAUGAGAGAAUCUCAUGCAAAGGAAAAAUCAGACAGGCCAAAGAAUCCAAAAACUAGGUCAUCCAAAUCAAAGGAAUCAUCAUCAUGCAAUAAUAAUGAAUCCACCCAACCAUCAAAUGACAUGGACUCUAUCCAACAACAAAUCCAAGGUUGUAGUAGUGACUUAAAUUUGCAGCCACCUAGGAACAACCUAUUACCAGAUGUUCCUAAACUUAAAGUUAAAGAUGCUUCUUCCAACGCUGGUUCUACCUCAACCAAGUCAAGAUCAUCAUCAAGAGCACAAAGAAAUUUGAACAAAGAAAUCUCUUCUAGAUCAGGCCACAAAGCUAGAAAGAAACAUAGACAUUUUGAAGAAGAUCAAUCAGAAUCAGAACAAGACCAAGACCAAGAUGGAUCUGACAAAAUCCUCUGGACAAAUUAG